GCCCAGAUCUCCUCGUUGGAUUGUGCUAGGGUUUACCCUCACUCGCCGUCUCUUUUAUACUUUCUCGCUUCACCGUUUUUACUUCUUUCCACACCGCAGUGCUCUUGCUCUGCUACCUCUUCCGUCAUCUUCAAUUUUUCUCUCUUUUAUUUAUUUUUAUUUUAUUUCCUAUCUUUUUCCGUAUUUCUUUUCCAUUCACUUCCCUCUCCUCGUUUUCCCCAAAUCAAAAUCAAAAAAAUUAUAUGCUUUUGUUCCAUCAAUUUAUCGCUAGUUUUUUCUGUUCUUCCUAGGUUUUAUUGUUAUCAAUAACAAGAGGAGGGGGAAGAGAAAAAAAAAAGAAAAAAUUUCGGGGGAAAUUAGGAAAUUUUUGAAAAAAAAACCUAAAUUUGAUCGUUUUUGUUGAGGAAUUGAGAUGGCUCAGGUUCAGGUUCAGCCUCAGAAUGCGAUGUCGGGCCCGAACGGCGGUGCUGCUGCGGCGGCAGCAGCCGCUGCAGCAGCGGCUGGUGGGAAUCAGUUUGUGACGACUUCGCUUUACGUUGGAGAUCUUGAUGUCAAUGUUACGGAUUCUCAGCUUUAUGACCUUUUCAAUCAAUUGGGUCAGGUUGUGUCUGUUAGGGUUUGCAGGGAUUUGACCACUAGGAGGUCACUUGGUUAUGGUUAUGUUAACUAUAGCAACCCUCAAGAUGCUGCCAGAGCAUUGGAUGUUCUGAACUUUACUCCUCUGAACAACAGGCCCAUUCGUAUUAUGUAUUCACACCGUGACCCCAGUAUCCGCAAAAGUGGUCAAGGAAAUAUAUUUAUUAAGAAUUUGGACAAGGCAAUUGACCAUAAGGCAUUGCAUGAUACAUUUUCUACAUUUGGGAGUAUCCUUUCUUGCAAGGUUGCUGUGGAUGGAUCUGGCCAAUCAAAAGGCUACGGCUUUGUUCAGUUUGAUAGUGAGGAGGCUGCUCAAAAAGCUAUUGAAAAGCUUAAUGGUAUGCUGUUGAAUGAUAAGCAAGUUUAUGUGGGACCCUUCCUUCGCAAGCAAGAGAGAGAGACCACAACUGACAGGGCAAAAUUCAACAAUGUUUUUGUUAAGAAUCUAUCGGAAACAACCACCGACGAUGAGUUGAAGCAGAUUUUUGGGGAAUUUGGAACAAUUACUAGUGCUGUAGUAAUGAGGGAUGGGGAUGGGAAAUCAAAGUGUUUUGGAUUUGUAAACUUUGAGAGUACCGAUGAUGCUGCUAGGGCUGUUGAGGCUCUUAAUGGGAAAAAGAUUGAUGACAAGGAAUGGUAUGUUGGAAAAGCUCAAAAGAAAUCUGAAAGGGAGCAUGAACUGAAACAAAAAUUUGAGCAGAGCAUGAAAGAAGCUGCUGAUAAAUAUCAAGGGGCAAACCUGUAUGUCAAAAAUUUGGAUGAUAGCAUUGUUGAUGACAAACUUAAGGAGCUGUUCUCCUCUUUUGGUACAAUUACCUCUUGCAAGGUAAUGAGAGACCCCAAUGGCAUAAGUCGAGGAUCUGGGUUCGUUGCAUUCUCUACUCCUGAGGAGGCAUCUAGAGCACUCUUGGAGAUGAAUGGCAAAAUGGUGGUAAGCAAACCUUUGUAUGUGACUCUGGCCCAACGGAAAGAAGAUAGAAGAGCUAGGCUGCAGGCUCAAUUUGCUCAAAUGCGUCCUGUUGCGAUGCCCCCAUCUGUUGCUCCUCGCAUGCCUAUGUAUCCCCCUGGUGGUCCAGGUAUGGGUCAACAAAUAUUUUAUGGUCAAGGCCCUCCUGCCAUCAUUCCUUCCCAGCCUGGAUUUGGGUAUCAACAACAACUUGUGCCUGGAAUGAGGCCUGGUGGGGGUCCUGUGCCAAAUUUCUUUGUGCCAAUGGUUCAGCAGGGACAGCAAGGGCAGCGUCCUGGUGGAAGACGUGGAGGUGCAGUCCAGCAGUCCCAGCAGCCAGUUCCUCUUAUGCCACAACAGAUGCUUCCUAGGGGGCGUGUGUAUCGCUAUCCUUCUGGUAGGGGCAUGCCUGAUGGUCCCAUGCCUGGAGUUGCUGGAGGCAUGUAUUCUGUUCCUUAUGAUGUGGGUGGGAUGCCCCUUCGUGAUGCAUCACUUUCACAACAAAUUCCCAUCGGUGCUUUGGCUUCUCAUCUGGCUAAUGCAUCUCCAGAGCAACAGAGGACGAUGCUGGGUGAGAAUCUUUACCCACUUGUGGAACAGUUGGAGCCCGACAAUGCUGCUAAAGUUACUGGAAUGCUUCUGGAGAUGGACCAGACUGAAGUUCUGCACUUGCUUGAGUCACCAGAAGCCCUGAAAGCAAAGGUGGCAGAGGCAAUGGACGUCCUCAGGAAUGUUGCACAGCAGCAGGCUGGCGGUGCUGCUGAUCAGUUGUCUUCAUUGUCCCUUAAUGACAGCCUUGUUUCUUAAGUUAUUUAUGCUGCUGGGAUUUACUUCCUUGGUGAAUGACUAUUUAUCUUUACCGGCACUGGCUUUUAUCCGAAUUUCAGAUUGAGUUGUUUUAUUUACUAGACUAGGUGUUUUCAGUUUUUGGAUCUCCUUCCUUUGGUUGAAGGCAUGUUUGAUUGCUGAUAUUUAUUAUUAUGACUUGAAUUUGGAACAUAAAA